GAAAGUGAAUUACAGUUGCAGAAACGUGAUACAACUGGGGAAGAAAAUUCAUAAAUUGUUUGGAGACUGACGUUGUUGGUGUAUGAAAUUUCGUGCUCAAGGACGCAUCUGAGGAAGCUGAAGAAGGAAAAAGGAAGAUAAGAUCACACACAUCACAAUUCACAACACAACACAACACUUGACAAAGAAGGAAGAAAGGGAGGUUUGCAUCAGAAAAAGACACGCCCCACCCCUUCCCUUUCCUCCGCUUGCGCCAUCUUUCUCUCUCUGUGACGCUUCAAAUACUCGCCAAUGCCUCAAUCUCAAUUCCCAUUCUCUUCUCCUCUCUGAGACUCUCGCUAUUGUCACAGCCAUGGAGGACGCCAAUCUUCAGAGGCUCCAUUGCUCCGUCAAGAACUACGAUUGGGGUCUGCCAGGUCACGUCUCCGAGGUUGCCAGACUCCACGCGCUCAAUUCCGCGUCUCAAUUACACGCGGAGGACCCUUUCGCCGAGCUUUGGAUGGGUACCCACGAUUCAGGCCCUUCCUUUUUGGCCUCCUCCAACAGGAAUGGGAAUGGGGUCUCCCUUAAGGCUUGGAUUUCGGAGAACCCUGAUGUGCUCGGCGACAAGGUUCUUCACAAAUGGGGUUCUGAUCUCCCUUUCUUGUUCAAGGUGCUGUCUGUGGGGAAGGCCUUGUCUAUUCAGGCUCACCCGGAUAAAGAGUUGGCAAGGACUCUGCAUAAGUUGCACCCUGAUUUGUAUAAAGAUGCCAAUCACAAACCUGAGAUGGCUCUUGCCAUCACUAGUUUUGAGGCUCUCUGUGGAUUCAUCACUCUCAAGGAGCUCAAGGGUGUACUUCAUACUGUUCCUGAAAUUGUGGAACUGGUUGGUGCUACGAAUACAAACUUGGUCUUACAAACUAAUGAUCAGGAUGGUGAGGAGAAGGUGAAACCUGUUCUGCAGGCAGUGUUCACCGACCUCAUGUCAGCUUGUAAAGACAGGGUAACGGAUGCAGUAAACAGAUUAAAAAGCCGUCUACUCAAGGAGAGUGAGGUGAGGCAGUUGACAGAUAAAGAGCAGCUGGUGCUGCAGUUGGAAAAACAAUACCCAGCUGAUGUUGGUGUCAUAGCAGCCUUCUUUCUUAACCAUGUAAAACUCAAUCCUGGUGAAGCUUUGUUCCUAGGGGCAAAUGAACCGCAUGCAUAUUUAUCGGGGGAGUGUGUUGAAUGCAUGGCAACUUCUGACAAUGUUGUGCGAGCUGGCCUAACUCCCAAACAUAGAGAUGUCCAGACCCUUUGUUCUAUGCUCACAUACAAACAGGGUUCUCCUGAGAUCUUGCAUGGAGUUUCUGUUAAUCCAUAUGUAAAUAAAUAUACUCCACCAUUUGAGGAAUUUGAGAUUGAUCGUUGCAUUCUUCCUCAAGGGGAAACAGUGGUGUUCCCAGCAGUUCCAGGUCCUUCCAUCUUUUUGGUCACAGUUGGUGAAGGAACAAUGAACACAGGAUCACCCAAAGGUCAUGUGGUCACCGAAGGUGAUGUUCUUUUUGCAGCUGCUAACACUGAGAUUAGGGUUACUAGUGCAUCCGAGUUGCAUCUGUACAGAACAGGGGUAAAUAGCAAGUUUUUUCAAGCUUCCUAAGUUUCAACAGGGGAUCACCCAAUUUUAUUUUUUUUGUCAUAUGCUUUUGGGAGUCGAAUAAUGCAACUAUGUGUUGCGUGUAAUAGAAGCAGUUUAGUGUACAUGCAAGAGUAAAAAAACUAAAAUCACGUAGUAUAUUGAGUCAUAGAGAAAAAAGUUCAUUAUAGCGAGGUGGGUUGUCAAUUGUCAUUCGUUUGUUGUUCAUAAUAAUGUUCGUUAAAAGCCUUUUCGGAUGACAUUCCUAUUUAUCUAUUUAUUAUAUCAAUAAAUGAAGGGCCUACAGAUAUUUUUUAUAUAA